UUUUGCAGGCUGUUAAUGGAGAAGAGGGCGGAUGACAGCCGGGACCGUGGUCAUCACAGGUGGAAUAUUAGCGACUGUCAUUUUACUCUGUAUCAUCGCCGUCCUCUGCUACUGUAGGCUCCAGUACUACUGCUGCAAGAAGGAUGAGUCCGAGGAGGACGAGGAGGAGCCCGACUUCGCCGUGCACUCCCACAUCCCGCCGCUCCACUGCAACCGCAACGUAGUGCUGACCAACGGCCCGUCCAUCUACGCCUCGUCCCCCUUCGGCAAGAGUCCGGCACCGAGCCGACCCGGCUGCCCCGGCUGCGCGCCGUACGAGCCCCCCACCUUCUUCCUGCAGGAGCCCCCCGAGGAGCUGCACAACGGGGGCGACCGGGUGAGCUACAAGACGGUGAGCCAGGAAGACCUGGAGCUGCCGGUGAGCGUGACCAACCUGCAGGCCCUCAACCCCAACCGCCUCUCGGCCAUGCGGGAAGCCUUCUCCCGCAGCCGCAGCAUAAGCACCGAUGUGUGAGGCGCUG